AUGAAACAAAUUGCACAGCCCGAAACACAACGAGAAAUAAGUGAGGAGGUGGGAUCGGAUUUCCCCCUUUUAGAAACUCCCAGAAAUUUCUUGAACAGUAUGCUUAUUACAAUUCCAGUUUUGGGCUUUCGAAAAUGUGGAAAAACGAGUCUUCUUCAUAGUUUAUUACAGGCUGGUCCUAUUAAAACCCCCAAAUCGCCCUUUUCCAGCGCUCCAAAUUACUACUACCCCAUGGUUGUUUUCAAUUAUCAAGUCUUCAAUUUCUGCUUAAUCGAUUGCCCCAUGAUGUUGCAGGACUUUCCCGUGAAUACUCUUGAUGCGUGGAAAGAUUUCCGUGGAUGGGGUCUACACGUAGCUGAUUUCUUUAUUCUUGUUUUCGAUAUUACCUCAGAACUCUCGUUCCAGUAUGUCAAACUUCUUCGUGAUCAAAUUUUAGCUGCGAAUGUUCAUGUUCCAAUGGUGAUUGUGGCAAACAAAAUUGAUCUGCUGAAGAACGUGAACAAUAACUUUGGACACCAAUCCUUGGCAGCUACCUCAAUCUCGAUUCAAAGAUCUGGCAGGUCCAACCAUAGGACAUUUUUGAGGAAUCAUCCAGAGAGUUCUCUGCAUACCCUCUAUUCCCCGUAUCAGUCACAUAAUCUAACGCUAUCUCACAACCCCGUUUUUAUCAACCAGAAGUUUGUUUUUCGCCGUGAUCUGGCAUUACUGGUGAAGAAGCACUGGAAGGAGUGUGUUCUAGUUGAAUGCUCGGCUCUUUACAACUUCAAUACUCUGGCAAUCUUGAAAGAAAUCCUCCGAUUAGCUCAGUAUCGUCAAGGUGGUCAGAAAACAAGUACAUCUCAAACAGUGCAGUCAGUGUGGCAACGAAACCAGUGCUGUCUUCUGUGA